AGCAUUUAUCCUGCAAAUAUGUGAUUUGUUUUGGCAAACCGUCUUUUUGUACCCCGAUGACAGCAACCGCAUUACUGCUUAUAUCUACAGCACAUGGUUCAAUACUCGACAUAAUUUGGAACACGACAGGGUAGCAGACAAGGACAGGAGUAGUAUUGGGUUUCCAAAAAUUAACUUUACACCAUGAAAAACGCGAAAUAAUGCGACUUUUCCAGUUUUUCUUAAUUAAAAUAAAAUCUAACAUUUCCGAACCGUUCCGCGUGUUGUUGAUUGUCGUAGAAUCAUAGCUUAAUUAACUUUAGCAAAAAUACGUACGAUAUCGGUUCGAUUCCGCGUCGGUAGAAAUGAUAGAGAUUUAUUCAACGCAUCUCGCAUCGUGCUUCGUGAUUUUUCUUCGUCGAUAAUUUUGCUCCCUUACAAAAGUCAACAAUGGAUCAGCUAGACCGCUUCUUACCAUCACAAACCAGUGGCGCGUCGGCGAGGACGGUGCAAUGAGAUUGCGUGUUCUUAAAAUAACCAAAUACACACGCUACAAGAAAAGCAGUCCGGCAAAGAGGUCAUCAACAGCGAGCAGGACAACGUGGUAACACAUCGAUUCUUUCCUCCAACUUGACCGCAGCACAGGACACGAGAUUGAAGCUGACAAGAAUGGUUGACUCUCCCCAUCACGUCCAUUUUGACCAGGCGGUGAUAAACGACGGGCUGCACGAUAACAGCAUUAUCUAUCAGAUUGCCCCAGAUGGAACGUCCCUGACCGUCCACUUGGGGUUUCUACAGAUAAAUCAUCGCUACCGCAUCGAGCUGAAUGUGCCGGCGCAGGCAGUAAGGGAUGCGGGUUUCACGGUCGAGGGCAAUAGCGCCUUCGUUGCACAGGAUGUGGCCGUUCCGAACGUACACUGUAGGCUGCUGGAUUUUCCCUCCUGUACCGUGGAUGUGAAGGGUGUGGAACAUUUUGCUGUAACAAUUGAAUUUUUUGCUCACAAGGAGAAACUGCUGAAGGAACAGUUGCAUUUAUGCGGUAAAGAGGAGUCCAAUCGGCGGUUGGAAUUGAUCCUGGUCGCCCGGGUGUUAGGCAAGGGCAAAGGAACGCCAAUGCUUCGUAACGGAAUCCAUUGCAUUGGAGUGGAGAAAACCGACGAGGAAUCAGAAAUGUCCGAUUGGCAGGGAUUUUCUAAAGAAAAGUAGAUAAUGUGUAUUGAAGCGUUCUAUAUACGCGCAUUGUGUAUUUUUACUGCCUGUCGAUAGCGUAAUAAAUUUCCCAAACUCUUCAAACAAA